CAAGCAAGGCAAUAACACAAAGUUUCAGAGUCUUCCACCAUAUCUUUGAUUUAAGAAGAAAUCUAUUCACAAUCUUUUUUCCCCGCAUCACCAAUUAUAAGAAUGGCCAUCCUUGUGUCUCGAUUCAUUCAAGCAAAGCAUGUUCUCCGAAGAUCAUUAUUAAAUGGAAGAAGCACAACAUCAACAGUCAUCCCUAAAGGCUAUCUAGCAAUUUAUGUCGGAGAGCAAGAAAGAAAGAGGUUUGUGGUUCCCGUUUCGUUGUUAAGCCAACCCUCAUUUCAAGAACUACUACGCCAAUCAGAGGAAGCGUUCGGGUAUGACCAUCCUAUGGGCGGCCUCACAAUUCCAUGUAGUCAAGAUAUGUUUACUGGGGUUGCUUCUCGUUUGGGUGUACUAUAAUCAUUUUUGCUAGAAAAAGUAGAUAGAUAGAUAGAUAGUUGUAUGAGUUGUAAAAAAUCCAAAGUUUAAAUCAUUUAUGAUAUGGUUUGGUAGAGCUAAUUGUAUUCUUCCUCUAGUUUAUAAUAUGAUGAAUUGAUCGAAUUUAUUAUAA